AUGUUGGACCAGCUUGUAUUAGCAAGCAUUCGACCUCCGAUCAUGAAUGGGCCCAUGCACCCGCGCCCCUUGGUAGCGUUGCUGGAUGGCAGGGACUGUACAGUAGAAAUGCCUAUUCUGAAGGAUGUAGCCACAGUGGCAUUUUGUGAUGCUCAGUCUACACAAGAAAUUCACGAAAAGGUACUAAAUGAAGCGGUGGGUGCACUGAUGUAUCACACUAUCACUUUAACACGAGAAGACUUGGAGAAAUUUAAAGCACUUCGAAUAAUUGUCCGAAUUGGCAGUGGUUUUGAUAAUAUUGACAUCAAAUCUGCUGGAGAUUUAGGGAUCGCCGUGUGUAAUGUGCCAGCUGCCUCAGUAGAAGAAACAGCAGAUUCUACCAUGUGCCACAUUCUGAACCUGUACAGGCGAACCACCUGGCUUCACCAGGCCUUGCGAGAAGGCACGAGAGUACAGAGCGUUGAACAGAUUCGGGAAGUGGCUUCUGGAGCUGCCAGAAUCAGAGGGGAGACCUUGGGCAUUAUUGGAUUAGGGCGUGUUGGGCAAGCAGUAGCGCUACGUGCCAAAGCCUUUGGCUUCAGUGUGAUUUUCUAUGACCCGUACCUCUCGGAUGGCAUGGAGCGCGCUCUGGGACUGCAGCGGGUGAGCACUUUGCAGGACCUGCUGUUCCACAGUGACUGUGUUACCCUGCACUGCAACUUGAAUGAACACAAUCAUCAUCUUAUUAAUGACUUCACCAUCAAGCAGAUGAGACAAGGGGCUUUCCUGGUCAACACAGCUCGAGGUGGGUUAGUAGACGAAAAAGCACUUGCACAGGCCCUGAAGGAAGGAAGGAUACGAGGGGCAGCCUUAGAUGUACAUGAGUCAGAACCAUUCAGCUUUAGUCAGGGCCCCUUGAAGGAUGCACCAAACCUGAUCUGUACCCCACAUGCGGCCUGGUACAGUGAACAAGCCUCAAUUGAGAUGCGGGAGGAAGCAGCACGAGAGAUCCGAAGGGCGAUCACAGGUCGUAUUCCAGACAGUCUGAAAAACUGUGUGAACAAAGAUCAUUUGACUGCAGCUACACAUUGGGCCAGCAUGGAUCCCGGAGUUGUUCAUCCAGAGCUUAAUGGUGCUGCAUACAGGUAUCCCCCAGGCGUUGUAAGCGUGGCCUCGACUGGCAUACCUGCAGCCGUAGAAGGAAUAGUCCCCAACCCCAUGUCUUUAUCACACGGCCUCCCUGCUGUAGCCCACCCACCCCACGCUCCUUCCCCUGGCCAAACUGUCAAACCAGAAGCUGAUAGAGACCACCCAAGCGACCAAUUGUAGCCUAUGAAAACAGCAUUCCCAACAUCGGAGAUUUCAACUUCAGCGUGCGGAAAACAAACACACAAACAAAACAAAACAAAACCCUGGAUUUUGAUUAAAGGCAAAACCAUGAACUUACAGGAGGAGACAAUUAUCGUUUUAGAAACUGGUCCAAUAUACAGUAUAAAAGGAAAAGGUGGGAGACAAAAAGAAGAUUUGGAAACAUUUUUUUCCUCCGUAUAAAUUGUAGUUUGUCCCUGUCCAGUGGACUGAUUCACUGUUUCUGUGUCCUAUGGGUUCUUUGUUAAGCAAGAGAAGUUAGUAGUUAAUUAUAUCAUGAAUGUACUUGUCUGUGUACAGUUUUUAGAACAUUAAAAAGGGUUUGUUUGCUUAGCUGUCAACAAGGAAAAACAUAAGGGAGGCAUUCAGCAAACCGAUUUUGAGAUUAAAAAUCUUUUCUUUUAUAUUUUGAAACAUGCCCAAGAAUGAGGCAGUUGGCAAACUUCUCAGGACAAUGAAUUCCCAUUUUUCUUUCUACGCCACACGGUGCAUUGUUUUUUCUACCUGCUUGUCUUAUUUUUUAGAAUAAUUUAGUACACAAAAGAGAAACAGUUUCUCCUAAUUUUGGCAUGAAUUCCCUUAUUUCAAAAUGAAGACAACCUUGCAAAGAGAUUUUGAGGAAAAAAUUAAAAAAAAAAAAGGUUUUGUAUAAACGAGCAUUGUGCUUUUUGUCACCAGUUAAAGUAUAUAUUAUUGGUGGUAUGCGGAAAAGGCACUAGACUACUGAAAAGUAGCAGCAUUUCAUUGCCUACAUUGAUUCCUUCCUGGUAAUGUGGUAGGCUAGCAAUAUUUUUGGUUAAAAUCAUGUUUGUGACUGUAACCAUUUGUAUGAAUUAUUUUAAAAAAAUAAAAACCCCAGACAAAUAUCAUAUGUGUAAAAAUUUUUAUUUCUAGUAACUGUUUAUUCAACUUUUAUUAGGUUUCUUAGCUGUAAUUUUUAAACAGAUGCUGUCAAGUAUUUCAUUUCUAGCUUUACUUUGCUCUCUGUUGUUUGUAAUACUGUCUUGGAAGCUUGAAAAAAUAAUAAAAAAAAAAAGAAUUCUUUCCAUACCA